AGAUGUGGGUCUCUAUAGUGUAAAUGUAAGCAUCAAUAGUGAGUCUCAGUGUUUGUUAAUAGUAUGAGUCCUGUAAUGCAUUGCAGUCAACGACUCAAUGAAGCCAUAACUACAUGUAUAGCAUAAGUAUAUAAGCAUUGCUUCAAACAACUUAUCGCUUGUGUUUGAAAUUGCUUUUCAUUUGUUUUUUAAUCAAUUGACUAAUUUGUUUGUAUUUGUUGUGAUUUUGGUGACAAUUAAGACAUUAAUAAUACAUUUGAUGAUAUCGUAACAGACAUAUGAUUGAUAUGACAUUAAACAGACAGUGAAUUGUUGUCCACAAUAGACAACACAUGCAAACCAUUGAUGAUAUAGUUAUUAACGUUUUGAUUGUUUUGUUUUUGUGAAUAUUUACUAUAGUUUGUAAACAAUUGAAACAACGAUUGAAUAAUAUAAACAAAAACAAUACAAUUAUAAAUAAUUUGUAAAUAUGAGGAUUAUGUGCUAUAUGUGUGUCUCACAGACAACCUAUCAGUGCUUAAGACAAACAUUUUUCAUUACAAUGAUUGCAACGAUGUCUCACUUCUGUAGCUUUUCCUAUGGAUUUAGACAACACUGGAAUCAAUACAAUAGUGAGACACAACCCGCUGUCGGACAUCAUAGAGAACACGUCCGAGACUUCAGUUGCGGUCGAUUUCAUUACAGGACUUUUUAUUUGAACAUUAAUAGGGAUACCCUAUAUGUCGGUGCGAUGGAUAGAAUAUAUCGAUUAAAUUUAAAUAACAUAAACAAAACUAGAUGUGAGAGUGAUUCGUUAUCAUUGGAGCCAAACAACGUGGCCUCGUGUGUCUCCAAAGGAAAAUCAGAGCUUUAUGAUUGUAGAAAUCAUAUUCGGGUGAUUCAACCGAUAGGAAGUGAUAGCAAUAACUUAUAUAUUUGUGGUACUAAUGCUCAUAACCCUAAAGAUUGGGUCAUUAAUGCAAAUUUAACAUUACUGUCAUCACACGAAUCAUUUCCCGGAAUCGGCACCGGUAUAGCUAAAUGUCCAUUUGAUCCGGACGAUAAUGCAACUGCAACUUGGGUUGAACACGGAAACCCUGAUGGACUGCCCGGUCUUUACAGUGGAUCUGUUGCUGAAUUUACAAAAGCAGAUACCGUUAUAUUUCGCACAGAUUUAUAUAAUUUGACGAAUGGACAAAAAGUACAACCAUUUAAGCGGACCAUCAAAUAUGACUCCAAAUGGCUCGACAAACCCAAUUUUGUCGGAUCCUUUGAUAUCGGAGAAUACGUUUAUUUCUUUUUCCGUGAGAGUGCUGUCGAGUAUAUAAAUUGCGGCAAAAAUAUCUAUUCCCGCGUCGCUAGGGUUUGCAAACGCGAUACGGGAGGAAAAAAUAUAUUGAACAAGAAUUGGGCCACUUUUGUAAAGGCAAGACUUAAUUGUUCAAUUCCCGGGGAAUUCCCGUUUUACUUCAAUGAAAUUCAAAGCAUUUACAAACAUCCAGACGAUAACAAAAAGUUUUAUGCCGUCUUCUCGACAUCAAUGAAUGGAUUGAUUGGAUCAGCCAUUUGUACGUUUAAUCUCAACAGAAUAGAAGAAGUCUUUUUAGGAAAAUUUAAAGAACAAUCUACUUCAUCAUCGGCGUGGCUACCGGUGCUCACUAGUAAAGUACCAGAGCCACGUCCGGGCACAUGUGUCAACGAUACGCAGGUUCUUCCAGAUUCUGUGCUCAACUUUCUUCGUGGUCAUCCAUUGAUGGAUUCAGCCGUAUCUCAUGAUAACGGAAGACCUGUUUUUUAUAAACGUGAUAUUAUAUUCACACGAAUAGUUGUGGACAGACUUGAAGUCGACGGUAUUGAAUACACUGUAUAUUUUGCCGGUUCUAAUAUUGGAGUCGUAUAUAAAGUGGUCGAAUGGUAUGACCGGUCGGGUGAAGUUCACUCUAAUUUAGUUGACGUCUUUGAAGCUACAGUUUCCGAACCCAUCAGAGCUAUGGAAAUAUCGGGAAAACAUAAAUCACUUUAUGUAUCAUCCGAUUCAAUGGUGCGUCAGUUUGAUCUCUUGAUGUGUAAAUCGAGAUAUGAAAACUGUGUCCGUUGUAUUCAAGACCCAUACUGUGGAUGGGAUAGGGAUCACUCUGAGUGUAAACCAUAUGUUAUUGGCCUUAUCCAAGACAUAACAAAUGCCACUCCAGGCAAUUGUGACAAUAGUGUCCAUCACAAGCAAAUUAAAGCAAAUUGGGGACAAAGUAUACACCUUUCCUGUCCGAUCCAAAUACCAGAUAUUGAAAGUCUUAAUUCAAAAGUGGGACCAAUUAAAUGGUUAUACUAUAGAAGUGAUCGCUCGAGUGGUUAUGAAGUUUUUGCACGAAGAGACCGAUUUGUUCACACUUCUGAUUACGGACUCGUCAUUCUUGGCAUUACUGAUCGAGAAAAUGGUCGAUACGAUUGUAAAUUAGGAUUUAAUACUCUCUAUAGUUAUACUAUUUCUGUUGAUCCGAAAACAUGUAAUGCACCGACAGAUAGUGAAUUCAAGAAAGCAUAUUCUGAAUGGUGUCACGAGUUUGAGAAAUACAAACAAACAAUGAAGUCGUGGCACGACAGACAAGAUAAAUGUAAAACAAAAAGUCAUUCCAACGAUGUUUCCAAUGAAAGUCGGUUUUCUUGAAAAGUGAUUAUUUGUCGAUUGGAUACACUGUUUGUUAACAAAGAAACAGUCGAUUCCUGAAAUUUGUGCUCAAAUCUGGUCAUUAAUUAAAAACUUUGAAUAUUGAUUUAUACACUCGUUUUUGGAUUAAAUAAUCUAUUUAUUAAUUGCUGUGAUAUUAAUAAUAUUAAUAUAUCAUAUAU